AUGCCAUGGAUAGACCGUACCUUUGCUAUCGGCAUCGCUUCCGGCCUUGCCAUCGCCGUCAUAUUUGAUCAGCUCCGUCAAUUCUACCAGAGCCAUAACUCGCCUUUCAGAACCCGGCGGCUUUCGUACUCCCAGUCCAACGUGGACGGAACCAUAAAUUCCAAAGGAGUGAAUCAGAUAUCUCCUCCACCCAUUGGCAUGGGCAUAGAGUCGACCAUAGGUUCCACGCCUCUGAUUGUCAUUCCCUCGCUUUCCGAGCUCACUGGUUGCACAAUCCUCGCCAAAUGUGAACACCUCAACGGUGCUGGUGGCUCACCCAAGGAUCGGGUAGCGUUGUCAAUCCUUACUCGAGCGGAAAGCCAGGGCCUCCUGACGCCUCACAGCGGAGACACCAUCUACGAGGGAACAGUCGGGUCAACAGGGAUAUCUCUGGCAACUUUGUGCCGUGCAAAAGGCUAUCUUGCCCAUAUUUGUAUGCCGAAUGACCAAUCUCAUGAGAAAUCCAACCUUUUGUUGAAGCUCGGUGCGGUGGUCGAAAGAGUUCCACCUGCGCCAAUAGUGGACCAAGAGCAUUUCGUUAACCGUGCCCGCAAUCUCGCCCGAGAACACACGGAAACCCCAGAGAAGAAAGGCAGAGGAUAUUUUGCGAACCAAUUUGAAACAGAGGCGAAUUGGCGAGCACAUUACGAAGGUACGGGGCCAGAGAUAUAUGCUCAAUGCCAGGGCAAUAUCGAUGCAUUUACCGCAGGCGCCGGCACAGGAGGAACGAUUUCAGGCGUGGCGACCUAUCUUAAAGAAAAGCUGCCAGACGUUCAAGUCGUCCUGGCAGACCCUCACGGUUCGGGACUGUAUAACAAAAUCAAACAUGGCGUCAUGUUCCAUGCCCUGGAAAAGGAGGGGACAAGGAGAAGAGAUCAAGUCGAUACAAUCGUGGAAGGAAUCGGGUUGACUCGUUCAACGCUCAAUUUCGAGCAGGGGAGGGAGUUGAUUGACGAUGCCGUCAAAGUGAACGAUCAGCAGGCGAUGAAUAUGGCGAGGCUGUUGGUCGAGAGGGAUGGCAUCUUUGUGGGAAGCAGCAGUGCAGUGAAUUGUGUUGCUGCUUUACAAACGGCACUUAAAUUAGGGCCCGGCCAUACGGUCGUCACGAUUCUGUGUGACUCUGGUAUGCGCCACCUCUCCAAAUUCUGGGCACGGAUCGGUGAGAUUGGAGGGGAGGCACGCACGACCGUCGAGGAUAUCCUCGAAGGCAGAAAGCUGAACUGA